GGUGAUCCUGAGGGUGGCCGACGUGGGUGCCCUGGCGCCGUCGUGAUCGUUGCGGCUGCAUGCACGCCGGCGUGUGGCCGUCCUGACUUCACGGUGUAGAGUUUUGCCGCGCCGCGAUUGUGUGUCUCGGAGCGACCGACCGUGGCGGGGCCCCCAUGGUUGUAAAUGGCUGACGGGAAUCGGAAAAUGAGGCCCGAACGUCGCGUGUGAUUCCACGGCCAAGACACUGAGAAACAGGGUAGAAAAUGUCAGAGCCAGAAGAAAGUCUGGCAGCGCCGGAUAGUACUACGAGGGAACAGAAGUUGGGUUUCUCUCAUGGAGAUGAUGUCCUUCUUCAACAUAAAGAUGGCAAAUAUUAUCUUGGAACAAUUGUUGAGGUGGAUUUGGCAAGGGAAAGAUGCCUUGUCAAAUUCAUGGACAAUACCUCCUCCUGGUCCUCCGUUAAAGAGCUGACAAAGCUAUCAAUGCCAGAUUCUGAUGUUAUGUGUGUUCUUUGCAAAAAAUCUCAGCCUAAGACUGAUAAUGACAUUAUUGUUUGUGACAAAUGUGGACGUGGUUAUCAUCAACUUUGUCACCAGCCUCAGAUUUCAAAAGAAGAAACAGCAGCAGAGGCACAUUGGAUGUGUAAAAGAUGUGUAGAUAGUCAACCACGGACGCGUGAAAUUGUGGAGCCAAAAACUUCUAUGGUAAAGGCAAGUAUAAGAAAAGUUUGCAGUGGUAGGGACCAACCUCAGCCACCACCAGAUGAUAUGACCAAGUUGCCGUAUGAUCCUAACAUGUUAAUUUGGGAUGCACAUCAUAGAGUAAAUGCCGAACAAAUUUAUUGUUAUUGUGGACUCAAUGGAGAGUGGUAUACACAAAUGUUGCAGUGCGCUCGUUGCAAGCAAUGGUUUCACGAAAAAUGCGUUAGUUGCUUAGCUUAUCCUUUAUACAGUGGAGAUAGGUUUUACGUUUUUGUUUGUUCAAUGUGCAAUUAUGGCAAAGAAUUCGUACGGCGACUAGAGUUAAAGUGGGUAGAUCUGGUGCACCUGAUGUUGUACAAUUUGACUGUUUACAAUGCUAAAAAGUAUUAUGAUUUGGACACUGUUAUUGUACCUUAUGCCAAUGAUAAUUGGAAUACUUUGCAGCUUCCACCACGGAUCAGGGAUGUCAGUGCUCAAAUUCGCAGAGAAUCUAUACUAGCAAUAUUGACAAAUAAUAGGAACAGGUUCAAAUGUGGCAGAGAAAUAAAGAAGCGUACUACAAUAUGGGGACUCAGAGUUAGAUUGCCGCCGCCGUGUCCGAUUGUUAAUCUUCCAGCAACCGGCGUAAUAGAUGAUUCAGUGUUACGUAGAUGCUGGGGUGCUAAUAAAAGACUGCAAUAUCUUCCUCCACCUACAGGACCGAUAAGUUUACCAGAGAGUACAAAACAGUUGAUUGCGCUAAAGCACAGCACAGCUGAGAAUUUAGAAAUUCCCGUAAAUCCAUCGGAUGUGGUAAUGCGCGGAACAAUUUAUCAAAAUUCAGAAGCUGAACAAAGUUCGUGCCCGAGUCCAAGUCCACCAAGUCAGUCCACACAGUCUCUAAGAGAAAGGUAUAGCGGAGGUGGUUUUGUAAAGAAAUCAUUCCCAUUCCCUAAACUGAGUUUACAAAGAAGAAGACGCUUGAUGGCAUUAGGUAGCUCUCGGGAACGAAUGUUACGUAAACACAAGAAGAGAGAAAAAGGUGAUGGCUCGUUAAGCAAGGCACAGGGCGUUAGAGAAGCUAGAUACCGUAAAGCAAGAAAAUUAUUGAAGAACGCUAUAGCCAAGAGUAAGUCCCGAAGUUCGGAAGCAUCUGAUCUACCACCAACACCUCCUACUUCGGUUUCUGGCCCUCCCACACCACCAGCUACAACUUCGAGUAUAUCGGAAUUAUCUGUACCUAGUUCUGUGGAACUGAUGCAUCCAUUACCGCCGUCAACACCUGCGGAUACAAGUGGGGAUGAAACCAGUUCAAGAGGCACUUUGGAUUCCUUUAUUCCACCACCCAAAGACUUUGAAGGCAAGAAUAAUCCUUUUAGAAAUCUCAGUGAAUUAUUGGGUAUACCUGUUCAUCUGAGUCAAACAAAUUCGAGUACUCCGCCAUACAAUCCGUGUCCAAUUACGUUGCCUCUGCCGCUCACUCCUGUCAUAUCUCAGCCGCCGAUAGUGCGGCCAGCUAAACGGCAGUUGUCAGAGAAAGACAUUAUCAUAGACAGAAACGGGCAAGUUAAACGUAGACGUCAGCAUCGGAGAGGUCGUCCGUCGCAACAACAAUUGCAGCAACAGUCCCAACAUACUGCUAGUAAGACUGCGGCCAUCUUGCCCGCGCGUAAUAACGAGAUUAAAAGUGAAUUUGCAAGGAAUUUAAGGAGUUCGUUUAACGGUGCCUCGAGCAGUGCCAGUAGUCAAAUUGGAAAUUGUGUUGAUUAUGCCUUAAAUGGUAGGAGACUGAGGCAACGUCAGAGCAAUGAUAAAUUACCCCCGCCGGAUCCGCAGCCGCAGAAAAAAGGUAGCGUACCUUCGUCCCCAAAGUGUUCGCCAGUAAAACAAAGUGCACCCGACAUAUCUCUGGAUGAUCUGAAGUCAUCGGUGAACAUAUAUUUCGGAGCAGCUAACAGAAUCGCUGCUGGCGAGAAGUUCGUCAUUAAAGCGAAGAGGUUAGGGCCAAACGGUCAGACUCAAUACCUUAUCGAGUGGGAGGGACUUAAUACUUAA